GGAGAGAGAAGGCGGCCGUGGAUCUCGCUGCCUCUCGCGGUCCUUGACGCCGGCAAAGGUUGAUUAGGGCCUGUGUGUUGCCGGCCGGCCGGCUCCGUCUGUUCGUGCGGGGUCCAUGGCGCAGCCUGCCGCAACACUACGAGGCCCUGCGAGGCAGUUGGAGACGGAGGUGCUGGCAGCGAAGGAAGCGGAAGCUGCGAUGGAGCGGCAGCAUCAGAAGCUCCUUGCAGGAAAGGCCCAUGCAGAAGGUGGCUCUGCACGAAUGUCACUACUCAUCUUGGUGUCUAUCUUCUUAUCAGCUGCCUCUGUUAUGUUUUUGGUAUAUAAAAACUUUCCACAGCUUAGUGAGGAGGAGAGAGAAUGUAUAAAGGUUCCCAGAGAUAUGGAUGAUGCUAAAGCAUUAGGAAAAGUGCUCUCUAAAUACAAGGAUACCUUCUACGUACAAGUAUUAGUAGCCUAUUUUACUACCUAUGUUUUCCUGCAAACUUUUGCUAUUCCUGGGUCAAUAUUUCUGAGUAUCCUCUCAGGAUUUCUCUACCCAUUCCCCCUAGCUCUGUUUCUUGUCUGUCUGUGCUCAGGCCUUGGGGCUUCUUUCUGUUAUAUGCUGUCCUAUUUAGUUGGGAGACCAGUUGUGUAUAGAUAUCUGACAGAAAAAGCGGUAAACUGGGCAAAACAGGUUGAACGACACAGAGAACACCUCAUUAACUACAUAAUCUUUUUGAGAAUAACGCCUUUCCUUCCUAAUUGGUUUAUCAAUAUUACCUCUCCUGUAAUAAAUGUACCAUUGAAAGUAUUCUUCAUUGGUACUUUUCUAGGUGUUGCACCACCAUCUUUUGUAGCAAUUAAAGCUGGCACAACACUUUACCAACUUACAACAGCAGGUGAAGCCGUUUCUUGGAACUCUGUUUUUGUUCUCAUGAUUUUAGCUAUUCUGUCUAUUUUGCCAGCUGUCUUCCAGAAGAAACUUAAAGAAAAGUUUGAAUGAGGAUCAACUUGGAUCUUCUUUCCCAUAUUUCAUCUCAGGAUCAGCACUAUUUAUAUGAUCACUUUUAUAUUGGAUUUUUGGCAAUUAAAAAGGGGGACAACUGUAACAGAAACAUCUUUCUGAACUUCUUGCUCAGUUUUCUUUGUGGGGCCCAAAGGUGAAGUAAUUGCAGUUGGAAUAAAAUGAAAGUGACUAUCGCCUUUUUAAAAACAUGAAAAGUAUUGUUUUAACUGAUCUGUAGUAUUUAAUUUGAAUGGUGCAUACAUACAAAUACACAUGCUUUGUCUGACAAUUGUAGAUGACUUGAUGACUUAAUGUGAAUAAUUCAUUCCUGUUCCCCCUCUCUGUUUUUUCCAUUGUUUAUAAGUCCCGAAGAAUAAUGGACUGCCCAUUGGAAUAAUGGAUUUCUUGAGUAAUGAAGAGCAGUGACUAUUUGA